AUGAUUAAAUAUUUGAGUGCUCACUUAAGAUUGGCUCGUCAUGAUAAACCAAUUGGGGCUUUGUUGCUUCACAUUCCUUGUGUAUGGGGAACCAUCUUGGGAUAACCAACUUUUAAUUUUUAAGAAAUAAUUUGGUACAGUAGUGUAUUUGGAGUUGGAUCAUUCACGAUGAGAGCAGCAGGGUGUGUGGUGAAUGAUAUGUGGGACAGGAAUAUUGAUAAUAAAGUGGAACGCACGAGACAGAGGCCAUUGGCUUCAGGAGAGUUAUAAAUGAAGGAUGCAUGGAUUAGUUUAUUUGCACAUUGUUCAGUUGGAUUAUUAGUAUUGACUCAGCUUAGUUGGAGUACAAUAGCAGCAUCAUUUGGAAUAGUGCCAAUAGCCUUUUUGUAUCCUCUGGCUAAAAGAUAUUUUAGUUAUCCUCAAUUGGUGUUGGGAAUAGCAUUUAAUUGGGGUGUAGUUGUUGGAGGGUUGUAAUUGGCAGGGAUGCUAAAUCCAACGAUUAUGUUGGGAUAUGCGGCUGGAAUAGUAAAUACGUUGAUAUACGAUACAGUCUAUGGGCAUUAAGAUAAAGAAUAUGAUAAGAGUUUGGGAUUAUAUUCAACAGCUUAUACUUUGCCUAAGAAUACUCCUUUGUAUUUGACUUGGGUAUUUUCUGGAUUGAUUGGGUUAACGUGUUAUGCUGCAUCAUAUCAUCCGGGAGUUUAUCCAUUGAUUGUUUUGAAUUAAUUAGACAUGUAUUUGAGAUUGAAGGCAACUGACUUUGACAAUCCUGAGAGUUGCGGUAAAUUCUUUAGAGAUUUCAAAUGGUUUUAGAUAACCAUAGCAUUGAUAUUUGGGGCUGGUUCGUAUAUGAAGUAAUGA